AGUAAUAAAAUAAAAUAGAAUCCUUAUAAUCUGUGGCAAAAAUAUAAAAUAAGCCAAUUAUGGGCUUAAGUGAAUUUAUAGUGUGGUGUGUGUUAUCCUUGCACCUUGUGCUCGGAAAUGGUGAAACAUCAAUCAAGCAAGAUGAAAUAAUUGAUCAAUUAGGCAAUGGAAAAGUGGAAGGAUCAGAAAGAGUUGCCAGGCACAUCGAUGGCUAUGGUGGUUAUGGAGGCUAUGGCGGCUAUGGAGGAUCUGGUCACCAGGGUUAUGGUGGUGGACCUAGUCCACAAGGUUAUAAGGUGGUAAAGACAAGUCAUAUGCAUCAUUAUGGACCACCAGGCUAUAACCCCCAACCACAACAACCUGAAAAGGGAUUUCUCACUAAAAUUUCAAGUUGGUUAAAACCUAAUAGAGGUUUCAAUAGUAUGAUGACCAUUGGCCACAUACCACCAGCUGGAUCCUGUCGUCAGCCACUGGCUCUGCCACAAAACGUACAAUACGAAUGUCGAGAUACCAAUUGUAAAAUUUCCUGUCCAGCUAAUUUCAUUUUUCCCGACGGUUCAAAUCAUUUAAAUGUGAUUUGUAUUUCUGGAAAAUGGAUUAUUCGAGAUUCACAAAUAACUGAUGAUGUUAUUCCACCUUGUACACCUGCUUGCAUUCCACCAUGUCAAAAUAAUGGGAUAUGUCUUGAGCCUGGUCUCUGUCAGUGUCCUGAGAAUUUCUAUGGAGCACUUUGCCAGAAUCGCAGAAUACAGUGUGCUUCGAAACCACCAAUUCCGAAUGGUUCUAUGGUUUCAUGCAGAAAUAAUGUUUGCAAUAUUAAAUGCAUGAAGGGCUAUCAGUUCCCUGACGGCACUGGAAUCACAAACCUCGAGUGUUUGGAUGGUGAAUGGAAUCACCCAAAAACUGGACUUCCUAAAGCUCCAGAUUGUGAACCUAUUUGUGAGCCUAAAUGUGAAAAUGGUGGCCAAUGUAUCUCAGUAAAUAUGUGUCAAUGUCCACAGAACUUUAGAGGAUCUCAAUGUCAAUACGAUUUACAAGUUUGUAACAUCACAAGAACAGGAUUCAAUGGGAAUUAUAAAUGUUCCUUUGAUACUCAUGAAGCUUCAUGUGCAUUAACUUGCCCAUCUGGCAUUGCAUUGAGUGGACCGAAAACCACAGCUUAUAAAUGUCAAUACACUACUGGACAAUUUUUACCACCAAUUCCUAUAUGUUUAUAUCCUGAGGGCGUCAAAGUUGUCCCUACAAGUAUGACGAAACAACACACUUCAAUUAGUGUAGUUGACGACAUAUCAUUUUCUUUGACUGAUGUGUUGAACAUUUAUUCGUUGUACGUUGAAUCCGAUCAAAAUAUGUUCAUUGACAGAUCUCCAAAGCCAGCUCUUUGUGCCACUUGGGGAGGAGAUAAUUUGAAAACCUUCGAUGGAGUUAUUUUUAAAGCUCCGCUUUCUUGUUCCCAUACUUUGGUCUCGGAUAAGAUCGAUGGUACCUUUGAUAUUAUCCUGAAAGCUUGCCCUUACGGAUCAGGCUAUAAUUGUCCACAUGCCUUGAAAAUCUUUUGGCAAUCAGUUGAGUACACGUUCGAAUAUUCAAAUGGCACUGUAAAACUGUCCACUCCACAAAAAAGUCUCCCAAUUCCGGUGCAAGUUAAGGGUAUGAAAGUCUUGCCAGUGGCUCAACAUCUUCGAAUCGAUUUGGAUCAAAUUGGAAUGUCUCUGUUGUGGGAUAAGGCUCAGUUUGUUCUCAUGCAAGCAACACCUGGCCUCUGGAAUCGUACUGGCGGCUUGUGUGGUUCGUUUGAUGGAGACCAUCGAAAUGAUUUCAUCUCUAAAGAGGGUGCCCUCUUGAAAACCAGCAAGGCAUUUACAGAUUCUUGGAGGGCACAGGACGAUUCGUCAUUGUGCUUCAUGGACAAUAGUGGUGAAAUAGACUUCUCUAAUCAGUGUGACCAAAAAGACCAACUUAAAGCUAUCGAAGUGUGUAAGGAGUUGCUUUUCAAUGCUAAGUUGACAGAAUGUGUUAAGCCAUUUAACAUGAAAGCCCUGAUGCAAUCCUGUGUACAAGAUUACUGUAGUUGUCCCAACAAGGAACAACCUGAGUUGUGUAAUUGUGAUUCCAUAGCCAUGCUUGCCAAAGAAUGUGAAUUCAGAGGUAUCAAGUUGGAACAUGGUUGGAGGAACUUGCAAAUUUGUCCAAUUCAGUGCAGCUUUGGACGUAUCUAUCUACCCUGUGGUCCUAAUGUUGAGCCGACUUGUGGAUCAGAUGUGAUGCCAAACAAGGAGAAAUGCAAUGAGGGAUGUUUCUGUCCUGAGGGAACUGUACAAUAUAAAGAUUCCUGCAUCUCCCCCGAACUCUGUCCCUGCACAAUGAGAAAUAAGGAAUUCAAAGCUGGCAGCACCAUCAAAAAAGACUGCAACACAUGCACCUGUCAAAAUGGCGUCUGGACAUGUACCGAUGAGAACUGUGGAGCUCGUUGCUCCUCCAUUGGAGAUCCCCAUUACACAACAUUCGAUGGAAAGAAGUUCGAUUUCAUGGGAAAAUGCUCAUACUACAUGCUCAAGACUGAGAAUGUGACUGUUGAAGCUGAGAAUGUUCCUUGCAGUGGAGCCAUUUCUGAAUCACUUGACUAUGCCCCGACAAACUCGGUUGAUACCCCCUCCUGCACGAAGUCAGUGACAAUUGUUUCCGAUGUCAAUGGAGUUAAGACAACAAUCAAACUUGGUCAGAACCUUGUGACCCACGUCAAUGAUAAAGAAGUUUUGAAAUUACCAAAAAUUACCGGAAACAAUCAGAUUCUCAUUCGUCAAGCUAGUUCAACAUUCAUUAAGGUCGAUUUAGCUGAUGGAAUGUCAGUUUGGUGGGAUGGUCAGACUCGUCUGUACAUUGAUGCUCCACCAAGCCUUCGUGAUCAGACUUCUGGUCUUUGUGGAACCUUCAAUUCUAAAACUCAGGAUGAUUUCUUGACACCUGAGGGUGAUAUCGAAACAGCUGUCGAGCCGUUUGCCAAUAAAUGGAGAACAAAGGAUACUUGCGAUGAUGAACCCGAAGCUGAAAUGGGGCCACAUCCGUGUACGGCAAAUCCUCAAAUGCGAGAAGUCGCUGAAAAACAUUGCGCCUGGUUAACUAAUGAUAUCUUCCUCGACUGUCAAUGGUCUGUGGAACCAGAGACUUACUAUGAAAAUUGUAUUUACGAUACAUGUGCCUGUAAGGAGGAUCCUUCCAAGUGUUUCUGUCCAAUUGUGUCAGCGUACGCUGCUGAAUGUGCCCGUCAAGGAAUCAAGACCGGAUGGAGAUACACCGUCAAGGAAUGUGCUAUUCAAUGUCCUGUUGGGCAGAUUUAUGACGAAUGUGGUGACAGCUGCGCCCGGAAUUGUGACGAUGUCGCUGGAAAAAGUUCUUGCCAAACAGAAUGCAUCGAGGGAUGCCGUUGUCCAAAGGGUGAAUAUCUAAACGAUAACAACGAAUGUGUCCCUGCCAAAGAUUGCCCAUGUGUUUACGAUGGAGCGACAUUUAACACGGGAUACAAGGAAACGCGCCCUGGAAGACAAUUUUUGGAACUUUGUACCUGUGAAGGAGGCGUCUGGAAUUGUGACAUAGCUGGACCGGGAGAUGAAGAGAAAUAUCCCCCAUCCUCUGCCAAAAAGCAGGAAUGUGCCAUCAAACCCAAUGCUCAAUUCUCCAAGUGUGUGCCAGCCGAACCGAAAACCUGCAAAAAUAUGGUUAACUAUGUUGAAGAUCUGGAGGACUGUUUACCCGGCUGUGCUUGCAUGGAAGGUUUCGUCCUUGAUGUCACAACCAAAGAGUGUUUAAAGGUCGAAGAUUGCCCCUGCCACCAUGGUGGAAAGAGCUAUUCCGGCGGCGAUAAGAUGACUGAAGAUUGUAAUACUUGCAUCUGUCAAUCUGGCAAUUGGAAUUGUACAACAAACGAAUGCGAACGCACUUGCAGUGUUUGGGGUGAUUCUCAUUUCACAACUUUCGACAAUCAUGAAUUCGAUUUCCAAGGAGCCUGCGACUAUAUCCUAUCGAAAGGCGUUGCUGCUAACGGUGAUUCGUUCUCUAUUACAAUCCAAAAUGUCCUUUGUGGCACUUUGGGAGUCACAUGCUCGAAAUCAUUGCAAAUUGCAAUCGAUGGCAGUAUUAGAGAUUCGAUAACAUUGUCAGCCGAUUCCUCAUACUUGGACGAUCAAAGUAAAGCUCCAAUCGAUAAACUUCGUGAAGAACUUGGCAGCAAAGGACAAUCCUAUAACAUCUAUAAAGCCGGUCUAUUCACUGUUAUCGAAAUAAUUCCACUAAAACUUCAAAUCAAAUGGGACGAAGGUACUCGCGUGUAUGUUAAGCUAGGCAAAGAUUGGAAAGGCAAAGUAAAUGGUCUAUGUGGCAAUUACAAUGACAAUGCCAACGAUGACAUGAAAACACCAUCCCAAGGCCUCGAAACAAGUCCAUUCCUAUUUGGGCAUUCGUGGAAAAUGCAAGAAUACUGUGUAGCUCCAAUUCAACAAAUCGACGCCUGCAAGGAGCAUCCUCAAAGGGAGACAUGGGCUGAACUUAAAUGUGGUAUUCUCAAGUCAUCAAUGUUUAAGGAAUGCCAUUCUGAGGUUCCUGUCGAAAAGUAUCUGAAACGUUGCAUCUUCGAUACGUGCGCUUGUGACCAGGGCGGUGAUUGCGAAUGUUUGUGUACGGCAAUUGCUGCAUAUGCUCACUCGUGUUCGGCCAAGGGAAUCAGCAUUCGUUGGCGAACACAACACUUUUGUCCAAUGCAAUGUGACCCCCACUGUUCGGAGUACAAACCCUGUACGCCCGCUUGUGCAGUUGAAACUUGUGACAAUUUUCUAGAUCAAGGCAUCACCGACCGCAUGUGUUUGAAUGAGAACUGCAUUGAGGGUUGUCAAAUUAAGCCUUGCGACGAGGGAAUGAUCUAUUUGAAUGACUCCUUCACCAAAUGUGUUCCCAAGUCAGAAUGCAAGCCGGUGUGCAUGUUGAUUGAUGGCAAGACAUACUACGAAGGUGAUAUAACGUCAGGCGAUGACUGUCAAACGUGUCGCUGUACCAAAAAGAAGGAAGUUUGCAGUGGCGUUCCAUGUGAGAAGCCAUUGAAUACGACCACAGCUAGGAUUGAAGAUAGUUCAACAGAGAAUCCAAUGGACACUCCACCAGAGACAAAAUGCACUCCCGGCUGGACGAGAUGGAUAAAUAGGGAUCAGGACUCGAAUAAGAAACAUAAAAAUAUCAAAUUGAACGAUCAGGAGAAGCUUCCAAGGUUUGAUCCAUUCGAGAUGAUCUAUGGAACUUGUGAGAAAGAGUUUAUGAAGAAGAUCGAAUGUCGUGUUGUUGAUUCACACGAAAAAGCUGAGCUUAUGGACGAGAAUGUGUACUGCACCAUGGAAGAGGGCUUGGUGUGCAAUGGAAACUGUCAUGACUACGAGAUCAGAGUGUUCUGUCAAUGUCAACCAGAGGAAGUGACAACGACUGUACGACCCACUGAACCAACUGCUUCAGAAAAUGCCUGCAAUGCAACUGAAGGACAGUAUAAGGAGUUCCCGGGUGAUUGUCACAAAUUCUUACAAUGUGUCCCAUCAGAUAAUUUUGGAAGCUAUAAAUACGUCGAAAAGACUUGUGGUCCAUCGAUGAUGUUUAACCCGGUGUUCAACGUUUGUGAUCAUAUUGGUAGUGUUGAAGCAAUCAAACCGAAUUGUGGAGUUCAAUCGGUCUCAACUGAAGCACCGGCAGUUUGUCCCCCUGGAAAGGUUUGGUCAGAGUGUGCCAAUCAUUGUGAACACACUUGUCACUAUUUCGGACUUAAACUCAUCAAGCGUGGCCUAUGCAAUCCCGGAGACAUUUGUGAACCUGGUUGUGUAGAUGCAUCGGAACCUUAUUGUCCAGGUCUUAAUAAAAUGUGGCGUGAUAAGGACACUUGUGUGGAUAUUGAUGAAUGUCCUUGCAUGAGUAGUGAUGAGAAAUACGUGAAGCCUCAUUCAGUUUACAAACAAAAUGUAUUCGGCCAAGAUCAAACUUGUCAGUGUAUUGACAACACAUUCUUCUGCAAGGGUGAUGUGAUCUUUGAAAUGACUGAAGAACCUACAGUUAUCACUCCAAACACUACUGAAUCAUUCACCGAAAAACUACCAUUCAUCACUCCGGUAACUUCAACACCUCCACUUAAAUGCGAGCCAGAACUACUUAUUCCAAUGAUAAAUGGCGUCCAACCAAUACCCGAUUCAUUUUUCAAUGCUAGCAGUACAUUAAGCUCGGGAUAUCUGCCACAAUACAGUCGAUUGCAUUCAAAACCAUCGGGUGAUUCGAAAGGCUUUUGGUCGCCACUCAUCAAUGACCAAAUGCAAUACUUGCAAGUUGCAUUCGACGAGCCGCAGAACCUAUUCGGUGUCAUCAUGCAGGGUAGUCCAGUGUCAGAUCAACAUGUGACCUUAUUCAAAAUAUUAUAUAGCAGUGACGGUGAGGGAUUCCACUACCUGGUCGAUGAGACAGAUAAACCACAAUUGUUCAAUGGGCCGAUUGAUUCGCGAUCACCCGUAGAAUCGCUCUUUAAAAUACCAAUCGAAGCAAAAAUGGUGCGUAUUUAUCCUUUGAAAUGGCAUGGGGCGAUUGCAAUGAGGGUUGAGCUUUUGGGAUGUGGAGAACGGCAAGAAAGGACUUCAACCACAGAAGCAACUAUUACGACACCAGAGCCAACUCAUUACAUUUCGACAACUGAAACAGUGAUUCAUGAAGAUUGUCGUGAAUUGAUGGGUGUUGAAAGUGGAACUAUGCAUCCAAGCCAAGUGAAGGCUAGUAGCGUUACACCAUCGAAAGACAACAAAAAGAUGCAAUUAUUGGAUAUGUUGAAAUUAUCGGCACCCACAAGUUGGAAGCCAGUUUUGAAUACUCCAAGUGAAUACAUUGAAUUCGACUUCCUGGAACCAAGAAACAUCACUGGACUUAUAACUAAAGGAGGUUCCGAUGGUUGGGUUUCUGGCUAUAAGGUUUUGUAUUCAAACAAUGGAUUCGCUUGGAAUAAUAUUCUAACAGCCAAAGGACAACCAAGAGUAUUUAUUGCUAAUCAUGACCGCGAUACACCACAGAAGAAUUUCUUUACGAAUCAAAUUCAAACGAAAAUGAUGAAAAUCGUACCCUUGAAAUGGAAGAAGAACAUCAACAUGCGAAUUGAACCUCUCGGAUGCUUUAUACAAUAUCCUGAAGUCAAGGAUACAGUUACAGUUGUCGACACCAAACCAGAGAAAUGCAAAGUUUGUGACAAUAUUGUCCUAAGCCCAGAUGAUAAGGAGCAAUGUAAAUGCAAGGAACCUCUAAUGUGGGAUGGCAAUAAAUGUGUCGAUCAAAAUAUGUGUCCAUGUGUUGAAAACUACAUAAGUUAUCCAAUUGGAUCGAAAUUCGAAAAUAAAAACUGCAAGGAAUGUGUCUGUGUUCUGGGUGGUGUUAAGCAAUGUAAACGAAAGAAGUGUCCACCAUGUGCACCAGGACUACGUUUGAUUCAGACAUCUACAUGCCUUUGUAAAUGUGAACCAUGUCCGGAAAUGCAAAAAUUAUGCCCAUCUAGCGGUGAUUGUAUUCCUGAAGAAUUUUGGUGCAAUGGGGUGAAGGAUUGUGAAGAUGAUGAACCGGAGGAAUGCAGGGGAAAAAUUAUAGCUAUGCCGCAAAAUAAGACAGAGAGUGUUGUCAAGCAUUGUCCCAAACCAAACUGUCCAGAAGGCAUGAAAAUGGAAAUCACCCAACAAUUCGCUACCAGGGAGAUGUCCGAAAUUUUCAAAACAUCGGUUUCCAAAAAAUUCACCACCUCAAAUGAUGGUCGCAAGAUUACUCGUACCAAAAUGAUCAACAUUACCGAAGAGUACUUCCCAACACCAGAAUUCGAAACUGGCUACAAUGAAAUCGAGGAAUGCGCUGAAUAUGUUUGCAUACCUGAACUAGCCCAAUAUAAAUCGAAUUCUACUGUUACCUGCAAUAUCCCGAAAUGUCCUGAUGAUUAUGAAGUUGAAAUUGAUAAUUCGAAAAUGAAACCUGGUGAUUGUCUGAAAUACACCUGUGUUCUUCGUCCACAAAGAGAUCGUGUUUGUGAGCUUAGUGGAAAAUCGAUUAUCACUUUUGAUGGAACAGACUUUAAGUAUGAAACUUGUAGCCAUAUCCUUGCUAGGGAUUUGGUCAAUUCUUCGUGGUACAUUUCAGUUCAAUUAAAUUGCACCGAAGACCGCAAAGUUUGUCGUAAGGUUCUUGUCAUCAAGGAAGUCGCCUCCGAUGUCGUUCUUACCAUAAUGCCAGAUCAAAAACUCAAAUUCAAUGAUUUCACCUACACGCCCAGACAAUUGGCUAAGUCAUCUCUCGCCAAGUCCUUAUUCACAAUCUCACAGCCAGGUAAUACAAUUUUGGUAGUGUCACCGUUGCAUGGUUAUUGGGCUCAAUAUGACGAAAUCGGUGGAAUCAAAGUGGGAAUCUCCGAGAAAUACCUUAAGACAGUCGAUGGAUUGUGUGGAUACUUCAAUGGCAAGCCAAUCGAUGAUAAGCGUCUUCCCAAUGGAACUAUAACGAUGAGUACGAAUAAAUUCGGAGACAGUUGGUUUGACAAGGACAUUCCCAAGGAGGAGUGCUAUCCACAAGUCUGUCCGAGAGUUAUUCAAAUGAAAGCGUUAUCUCUGUGCAAUUCAAUUAAACACAUUUCAUUUUUGAAGUGCAAUAAGGCUGUAAAUUACAAACAAUUCGUCUCAAAAUGCAUCGAAACCACUUGCGAGUGUCUAAAGUCAAAUAAGGAAAAUCCACAAUCAUGCAAAUGUUCGAUACUUCAAGGAUUCGUUAAACAGUGUCUGGCAUCAAGUCCUAAUAUUAAUUUAGACACAUGGAGAGCUGUACAUCAGUGCGAGAUAUCCUGUCCAGCACCAUUUGUACACUCAGAUUGCUAUAAGCGACGUUGUGAGCCGUCGUGCGAUAAUGUUCACGGAGAUGACUGUCCCAUGUUGCCGGAUGUCUGUUUCAGUGGAUGUUAUUGCCCCGAAGGCACAUUGCGACAGGGUGAUACGUGCAUUCCAAUCAACGAAUGCAAGGAUUGUAUUUGUGACUCAUUUGGUGCAUCGAAAUAUCUUACUUACGAUAGAAAGAAUUUCACUUUUAACGGCAAUUGUACGUAUUUACUUUCGCGGGAUAUUGUUCCAACUGGGGUACAUCAGUUCCAGGUCUACGUUACAAUGGAUGAUUGCAAGAAAUUGGGACUACCAACGUCGAUGGGCCCCAACACAAGCUGUGCCAAAUCACUUCAUAUUCUACACGGCGAACAUAUAAUUCAUAUUCAACGUGAUGUACCCAAUGAAUCGGUUAUGGUGCUAAUCGAUGGCAUGGAAAUAAAGAAGCUGCCAUUCAAGAAUACCUGGAUGGGUAUUAUGGAGACCAAUAGGAACGAAUUGAAACUCACGUUACCUGAGUCGCAUGUCGAAGUGACUAGCUCCUUCGAUGAUAUGGCAUAUUCGAUACGUGUACCUAGCCUUAAAUAUGGCAGUAAAAUGGAAGGUCUUUGCGGUGACUGCAACGGAGAUCCCAACGACGAUCUGAAGAUGAAUCCGGCUAAGAAGAGGGCUUGGCAGUCGAACCCAGCACCAGUGGAUGUUUGUGACAUUGCCGAAAGUUGGAAGGCAGAUGAACCUAAAUUGGGCUUAGGCGAGGAUGAGUGUUUGAGUGAGGAUGUGUCCAUCGAACAAUGCCUGCCACUGCCACCGGAGAAGGACCCAUGUCUUAAGUUCUUCGAUGCUGAACUUUUCGGGGAAUGCAAUACAAUUGUUGAGCCUUUGACUUAUGUGUCUGCUUGUCAGCAGGAUAUGUGUAAGCCUGGCAAUGACCAAAAGGGUGCUUGUAAUUCUUUGGCAGCCUAUGCAAGGGAAUGUGCUAGAAAUGGAAUAUGCCUCAAUUGGAGAAGUCCCGAUUUGUGUCCCUAUGAUUGUCCAAAUUCUAUGGUCUAUGAACCUUGUGGCUGCUUGAAGACCUGUGACUCUGCUAACAUGUUCGAAGUUGAAGACAUGAAUACACAAACUAUGGUCAAUCCUAAGAAAGAUUUGCAGGACUGUGCGGCUGGCAAGAGUGAAGGAUGUUUCUGUCCACCGGGUAAGGUUAUGGACAAUGAUAAGUGUGUCGCGGAGGAACAAUGUAUCAAGUGCGAUGAUGGCGCCCAUACAGUGGGAGAGACCUGGAAGAAGGAUAAAUGUACUGAUUGUACUUGCAAGAGCAAUGGAAAGACAGAGUGUGCUGUACAACAGUGCCCAGUUCAAGAGAGUAUUUGCUCGGAAGACUUUAUGCCUUCAAAGAUAAGUUCUUCGGAAGAAUGUUGUCCCAAAUAUAUCUGUGUUCCACAGCCCAAGAAACCGACUCCAGUUACAUGUCCAGACGCUCCUUUGCCAAAAUGUGGAGACGACCAGUUCAAGAAACAAAAAAUUGGAUCUGAUGGCUGCCCGCAGUACAUUUGUGAAUGCAAGCCUGUUUCUGAAUGUCAAUCCUUUGUUGAGGCUUUCCCUCUCAAAACUGGAGAAAAGAUUGUUUACGACUAUUCUGGUUGCUGUCCAACACAAACUGCUGUUUGUGAUGUAAGCACUUGUCCUGAGUUACCUGCAAAAUGCUCCGAGAAGUUCUUUGACUUCAAGAUUGUCACUCUACCUGGAGAAUGCUGCCCUUCUGUUGUGUGUACUCCUCCCAAGGAUGAGUGUAUUGUUGAAAUCGGUGAAAUCGAAGUCCUCAAGAAAUUAGGUGACAAAUGGAAUGUUCCCGGAGAGCCUUGUGUUCAAGAGCAAUGUACCUAUGGUCCAAAUGACACAACUGAAGUCAAACAAAUCACCGAGCUUUGUGAUACAACCUGCAAACUUGGCUACGAAUAUACUCGCCUGGAUGAGACCAAAUGCUGUGGCAAUUGUGUUCAAACAAAAUGUGUCCUCAAGGAUAAGCUCUAUUCGGUAGGAGACCAAUGGUUCAGUGAUGAUAAUUGUACCACCUUCACUUGCGAGAACAACGAUGGACAGUUAUUGAUAGUUUCAAGCAAGGAAGUUUGCAUGGAUGUGAGUGAGUGCCCGCCAGAACAAUUGGAAGAUGUUGGUUGUUGCAAGAUUUGUAAGCCCAAGCCUGUCGACCAAAAGAACUGUUUCCCUUCAUCACUUUCGGCCAGCGAAACAAUCAAUCUUGUUCGAGUCAAUAAUCCUGCUCAUGGCAUUUGCAUGAACUACGAACCUAUUCUUGGAUUCACAGAGUGUCAUGGUUCGUGUGAAUCAGGAUCCAAGUAUAACAUCGAAUCCUUUGGCCAAGAUAAGACGUGUUUCUGUUGUUCGAUUGAAGCCUACAAAACAAUUGCUGUUACUCUUAAUUGUCCUGAUGGAUUUAGGAUUGUAAAGAAUAUUGAAAUUCCUUCAGCGUGUAGUUGCAGUGCAUGUUCGAACUCUGAACAACCCGAUUACAGUGCGUUGAUUGAUAUUCGAAUGAAUAAGCCCCCGAUUAAGCGUUUGAUUAGAAACUAAGAAAAUGCAUCGCUAAAUAAUUAUAAUUUUUAAGAGCAAUAAAAAAACAUUUGUACAGUUUAUAA